GCUAGGAUUAAUUUUUUUUUUUUCUAUUUUUACCACUCUCCACUACUCGACCUUUUCUCUCUCACUUCCCAAAUUUACAUGCCAGCUUCUUCCCAGAUUUUCAUAUCAGCUUUGUUGAACCCAUCUCCUUGUUGAAUAAGUCUUUCAUUAUCUGUUUUUAUUGUCCUAUUCUUUAGGAAUUUGUUGGAGCUUGGGACAUUGAGGGGACCAAACACAGCAGCUAAUGGCGUCUGAAACCUUUGUGCAGCCAGCAAUUCCUCGUUUUGAUGGUCACUAUGAUCAUUGGAGCAUGCUAAUGGAGAAUUUCUUGAGGUCCAAAGAGUAUUGGGAUGUGGUUGAGUCUGGAGUAGCAGAACCAACUGCUAGGAUGUCAGAAGCUCAGAAGGCAGAGUUGGAGGCUUUAAAAUUGAAGGAUCUCAAAGCCAAAAAUUAUCUCUUUCAAGCAAUUGAUCGGACAAUCUUGGAGACUAUUCUUUGCAAAGAUACCUCCAAGCAAAUUUGGGAUUCAAUGAAGAAAAAGUACCAGGGAACCACAAAAACAAAGAGGCAGCAGCUUCAAGCACUUCGUUCUGAGUUUGAAAUACUUCGAAUGAAAGAGGGUGAGACUGUUACUGACUAUUUCUCUAGGACAAUGGCAAUUGUCAACAAAUUGAGGACCCAUGGUGAUAAGACACAAGAUGUUACUGUUGUUGAGAAGAUACUGCGUUCAAUGACACCAAAAUAUAAUUUGUUGUCUGUGCUAUUGAGGAGAGGAAAAGGAAGAGGUAGAGGAAGAAAUCAGCAAACUCAGUUUUUUGAAGGAAGAGGAAGGGGGCGUGGCAGAUUUCACAUUUCCUACAAACCAAAGUCAACAGACAAAUCCAAAGUUGAGUGCUUUCAGUGCCACAAGUAUGGGCAUUACCAAUCUGAAUGUCGAGCUAAUUUGCCUAACAAUGAAGGAGAAAAAUCAAAUUUUGCACAAAUUGAGGAGGAAAUAUCCUUGUUGAUGGUAUGUCAUGAUGGAGAAAGGUCUAAUAAGAACCUAUGGUAUUUAGACACUGGUUGCAGUAAUCAUAUGUGCGGAGACAAGGCAGCUUUCUCCACCUUGGAUGAAUCUUUCAAAGAUAAUGUGAAGUUCGGAGACAAUUCUAAAGUCUCGGUCAGGGGAAAAGGACAGGUGACCAUUCAAAUCAGGGGUAAGGCUGCUCAAACAAUUUCUAAUGUCCUUUAUGUUCCAGAAUUGAAGACCAAUCUGCUAAAAUGUCAUCUCAACUGUGCUAGUCAGUCAUGCUUCUCGGCAAAGACAAAUGAUGUGGCUUGGCUGUGGCAUUCUCGCUAUGGUCAUCUAAACUUUGGUGGGCUCAAGCAACUUCAACAAAAGAACAUGGUGACUAGUCUGCCUGUUUUUGAAAGUCCCUCAACUGUUUGUGAAGAAUGUGUUGUUAGCAAGCAACACCAUGAUCAAUUUCCAAAGGGGAGAUCAACCAGAGCAAGAAGGCUAUUGGAGAUUGUAUACUCUGAUAUUUGUGGACCAAUUAAUCCAGUUUCCAAUGGAGAUGAGAAGAGGAAGAAGUUAGAUGACAAAGGAGAAAAGUCUAUCUUUCUUGGUGUUAGCAAUAAUUCCAAAGCAUACAAGCUGUACAAUCCAAACACCAAGAAAAUCAUCCAACCCAUAGAGAAUGAGCAACAAACAUUAGAGAAUCAAAGCAUCAUUCCAGUAGCUCCAGAAACUCCAGCAACUCUCAUUCCAAAAGCUGAAUCAGAUGAUGGACAACGACCUCAACGUGUCAGGAAAAGACCUACAUGGAUGCUUGAUUAUGAGGUACCUGGAAUUGAACAAUCUGAUGAGGAAGAACUGACAUACUUUGCUCUAUUUUCAUAUUGUGAUCCUGUAGCUUUUAGAGAUGCCACAAAGUUGAAAGAGAAUGGAGAAGUUGACAAGUAUAAGGUACGCCUAGUUACUAAAGGCUACAAGCAGGAGUUUGGGGUUGAUUAUCAAGAAGUCUUUGCUCCGGUUGCGAGGCAUGAUACAAUCAGAUUGGUGAUCUCCUUAGCAGCACAAAACUCAUGGCCUGUUUUUCAACUUGAUGUAAAAUCAGCUUUCUUGCAUGGAGACUUAGAUGAGCAGGCUAUGUUUGAUAAAUUUAAGAAGUUUAUGAUGGUUGAAGUUGAUAUGUCUGAUCUUGGUUUGAUGCAUUAUUAUCUUGGCAUAGAAGUUGAUCAAUCUGCUACUGGUAUCUUUAUUUCUCAGAAAAAGUAUGUUCAAGACAUUUUGGACAGGUUUAGAAUGAAAGACUGCAAUCCUGUCAGCACACCAAUUGAUGUAGGAAUGAAGCUUGUUAAAAAUCCUGAAGGGAAGAAAGUCAACAGCACUUUGUACAAGCAAAUAGUGGGAAGUUUGAUGUAUUUAACUGCUACAAGGCCAGAUAUCAUGCAUGUUGUGAGCCUUAUCAACAGAUACAUGGAAAGUCCAAAAGAAAUGCAUCUCUUGGCAGCAAAAAGAAUUCUCGGGUACUUGAAAGGUACGGUUGAGUAUGGUCUAUUUUAUAAGAAAGGAGAAAAGUCAAACAUGUUUGGCUUUACAGAUAGUGAUUUUGCAAGGGAUGUUGAUGAUAGAAAAAGCACAUCUGGUUAUGUUUUUAUGAUGGGUACAACAGCUGUUUCAUGGUCAUCAAGAAAGCAACUGAUUGUGACUUUAUCAACAACUGAAGCUGAAUUUGUAGCAGCAACUUCAUGUGCUUGCCAGGUAAUAUGGUUGCUGAGAAUUCUUGAAGAAUGUCAUUCCAAGCAAGAGGAACCUCUUAUUAUUUUCUGUGACAAUAACUCAACAAUUAAGUUGUCCAAGAAUCCAAUUCUUCAUGGAAGAUGCAAGCAUAUAGAUGUGAGGAAUUAUUUCUUGAGGGACCUUGUGAAAGAAGGAGUCAUUGAUCUUGUCUAUUGCAGAAGUGAAGACCAGCUUGCUGAUAUUUUUACCAAACCUCUCAAGUUGUCAGCAUUUUAGAAACAAAGGAAGUUGCUUGGUGUUUUUGUGUUAGAGAAUUUAUUAAAUUGAACUUUGAUACAAAGUUUAGUUUAACGGAGGGUUUGUUGAAUAAGUCUUUCAUUAUCUAUUUUUAUUGUUCUAUUCUUUAGGAAUUUGUUGGGUACGUGCAGUUGAGUUUCUUAUUUUUAGCAGUGCAUAUCUUAUUUGUAGUUUAGUGGCUUUAGUGGCUUAGUGGUGCUAUUUUAUCGUUAAUUUCAGUUGCACAAUUCUGAUUAUUUGUAUGUGUCUUUUAUCUGUUGAAUGUGAAAAUUGAGAAGUAUUUUUUCCUCUUCCAAAUUGGCUUGAGUUUACUGUCUUUCAAUUUCUUUCACUUGCUAAAAUUGUUUAUGCACAACAGGUGUUUGAUUUAAUUCCUCAAAGAACAUUCAGCUUAAAGUUUUUUGUUCAACUCUGUUUUCUCUACACCUUCGUCAAUGAUCAUAAUAAUGUACUCCCCUGUCCUUUUUCUUUUGCCUUUCCCCUUUCUUUUCCCCCCUUCCUUGAUUUCUAUUUGGUCCAAAGAUUCAAGCCACAGUAGUAAGGAACCAAUUCCAAUUUAGCUGGCAUGGUCACCAUCGAGUGUUAAAUGGUUUUCCAACAUUUGUGCUCUCAUCAACUAUUCACUCUCUUGCAAAUUUGAGCCUAACAAAUUAGGUUCUUUUGAAGUAAAUUGAGAUUUGAUUUUUCUAAGUUUAACUUAGAUGUGAUUUUUGUAAUGAAAUUCGUAAGAUUAU